CCCCUGCGCCCGCCAUCGGCAUAUCAUCGAGCUCGUCCAUAGUUCGUGACUCGAAUUGGACUGGAAUUAGACUCGACUUUCUCGGAGUUGUUGCUGGAUUUCGCUGAAAUUGCAGCCGGAAUUUGAGGGGUGGAGAAGUUUGGAGCAGAGAGAGAGAGAGAGAGAGAGGAGGGUUGGUGAAUUAGCGGGGAGAUCGAGAAGGGAGGCGGCCUCAAUGGCCGCCGUGGCCAAUCUGUCUUCGUUCACGCUAGGAAGCUUGCUGCAGCAGCAGCCGAGUGGUAGCAGUGGAGGAGGGAAGGCAUCGACGCAGAUUAAUCCUUCUACGCAAUUCCCACUGCUUUCUCCUGUGUUCACCUGCUGCAGAGCCAGUCUUAAUUACAGGAGGAAUAGUUUUGUUCAGGGUGGUCACAAAGUACUGUUCAUGAUCCAGAAGCUGUCGAGUGCGUGUAACUGCCAUGGGAGGCUCCAGCAUUUUGUUUGCAACUCCGUCGAUGAAAGCUCGGAAAGCGCUGCCUCCCAGGUGAAUAGCGAUGCGCAGAGAGCAGAAGAGCAACCUUAUGGCAUUCCUGAAAAAAGGGUUCCAGAACAUUGGGGUGUGGUUGGGCUAGGCCAAGCUAUGGUUGACUUCUCAGGUAUUAUAGGUGAUGAUUUUUUGAAAGAAUUAGGGCUAGUCAAAGGCACCCGGAAGGUAGUUAACCAUGAAGAAAGAGGUAAAGUGCUACGCGCUCUUGAUGGUCGCAACUACAAGCUUUCUGCAGGAGGGUCUCUUUCCAACACCCUGGUUGCAUUGGCUAGGUUGGGUGUGGCCAGCAGUCACAACUCUGCCCAAAACGUUGCAAUGACCGGCAGUGUUGGUAGUGAUGCUCUGGGCGAUUUUUACAGAACAAAACUGCUGCGUGCCAAUGUACAUUUCUUGUCCCAGCCAGUUGUAGGUGGUACGACAGGCACUGUUAUUGUGCUCACCACGCCUGAUGCGCAGCGUACUAUGCUUUCAUACCAGGGAAUGUCCUCUAUUGUGAACUUCGAUUCGGUGCUGGCAGACGCCAUUGCUAAAUCUCGAGUGUUAGUAGUUGAAGGUUACUUGUGGGAAAUUAAUCAGACCAUUGAAGCUAUUGCUCAAGCUUGCGAGACUGCUCGUCAGCAAGGGGUACUAGUGGCAUUAACUGCUAGUGAUGUCUCUUGCGUAACUCGGCACCGGCAACAAUUUUGGGAUGUUAUGUGCCAAAGCUCGGACAUACUGUUUGCUAAUGCCGAUGAAGCUCGAGCUCUCUGUGCCCUUGGAAAUGAUUGUACACCAGAACAAGCUACCAAGCAUCUGAAUCAGUUUUGCUCAUUGGUUUCUGUCACUGAUGGGGCCCGUGGUUCCUACAUUGGAUUGAGAGGUGAAGUGUUUUUUAUUCCACCUGCACCCUGUGUCCCAGUGGAUACCUGUGGUGCGGGAGAUGCUUAUGCUGCAGGUAUACUCUAUGGACUGCUUCGAGGAAUGCCAGACGUUAGGGGAAUGGGUGAUUUGGCAGCUCGUGUUGCGGCUGUUGUGGUGGGUCAACAGGGAGCACGACUUAAAGAAGAAGCUGCUCUAGAACUUGCUGAAUCUGUGAACAGUUUUUCAGAUGCUUUGGAUAAUCGAAUAACGGUGCUUAUGGGAAUGAAAGACGAAGUGAAAUCUCAGAAAACCUCGAAUGUAUGAGCAGAAGUUUGAUUCGGCGAUAUAUAUUUCUGGUAAGGCUUUGCUAGACUUCACCGUCUCACUUGAAGAUAUCACUUUACUCAUGACUUGUCCAUACCUGGCGAAGAUUAUUUUGAGAUUUGCGUCAACCAUUUGGGCAGCCAGUCUGAAAUGUCAGCACGUUGACAUCUGAUCCUAAGGAAUUUGGCGAAAACUUCCGCGAAGACGGAGUCAUCAUGAUCUAAAUUCAUACGAACUGUGGAGCCGAAGAUUAAGAUGUGUAAAGAUAUGGAAUUGCACCUGAUGCCUGUGGCUCGGCAUGAUCGAUAGGGACUGAGAUGAGUAAAGAUCUGAGUUUUAGGAUAAGUCUUGAAACGCAUCCUUUCAACAUACAUUCCUGGGUCCCCAGACCAUCUACAUUCAUAUCAAAAACAUUUACAGAAAUUAAUUUAACAUUGAAACAUUGAUCCUGGAAAACUGACAUAUUGUAUUGCAAGUCUAGCCAUGUCUCAGUGCACCUGAAUAUUUUUAAAAGAAACUUUUUCGGCUCU